CAUAAAAGGCUGGAAUGAAAUUUGAAAAGAAAAGAAAAGAGGUUGGCAAAAAGCGGAGAAAAGAAGAGAAAACAAAUCAAAAAUUUAUCGUAAACUCCCAUCAUAACCUAUAAAAGAGCUGCGAGGAUACACAUCGGCUCUCAAUUCGAAGAUCUUCGAUUUUUGCCAAAAAUGGAUCUAAGCCAGCCUGCAGGGGAAAACUAUGCCAACCCAAAGACAUGCUUCUUUCAUGUUCUUUUCAAGGCUGCGGCUUUGGCUUUCUACAUUCUUUCGACACUGUUCGUUGAUAGCUUUGUUAUCAUCUUUGUGGUCACUGUAGUUCUUGCCGCUCUUGAUUUUUGGGUCGCCAAGAAUAUUAGCGGCCGGAUCUUAGUUGGGCUUCGGUGGUGGAAUGAGAUAAAUGAGCAGGGUGAGAGUCUGUGGAAAUUUGAGUGCCUUGAUCAACAGACGAAUAGUACUGAACAAAAAUAA